AUGGAGAUUAGCGCACAAAAGCCCGGAGCGCCCCUUUCCUAUCGUGUCUUGCAAAACCGUCUGCGACACCGUCUAUAUACCGCACAACCCCCCGUAAUUGUCUACGCUGCGAGACGAUUCCACCGCAAAGGCGAGCGCUUCAACAACCAAGAAGGAACCUGUCUCCCGGAUGCCGGACUGCCGGACCGGGAGGCCGAUGCCGUCAAUGCCGAGCUCGAGGCAGUGGCCGUGCCCGUGCCAAAGCUCGCGAUCAGACAGCUGCACGCACUGCUGACUCUCUUGGCAUCUGCAGAGCAACCGCCCAAGAGAAACAUCUUGGGUGUGGGCAGUGGCGACGGUGUCACAGGGUUGACCGCGUUUGUGCGAGAGCUAGAGGUCGCCGUGGGAGUAGUGGUAGUCAAUAUCGGUCCCGAGGCUGAAGUUGAUGUUGGUCCAGGUGAAGUUGGAGUUGGCGUGCUGGUGUUCGCUAAGCUAGUGGUGGUGCUGACAGUGGAGCUGGCAGUGCUCGAGCUAGUGUUGACCGUGCUGGAAACCGAAUCAGAAGGAAAUGUUGAGGUUAAGGCACUCAUGCUCGACGAUGAGCUAUCCAGGGAUGCCGAAGAAGUUGAUACGGUCGACGAAGAGGACGGCUGA